AUGUCUGCAGCUAUGGAUAGGGCUCUUAUGGCUCUCUCACUGGAAGAAGAGGAAGAGGAAGUUCCGUUUGUCAUGCCGGAGCUCCCUGGUUUUAGUUCUACAGAAGAAAAUGCGCUAAGCCUCAUCGGGAGGACUCUCAAUCCAGAAUGUCAAAAAAUCUCUGGGUUAAUUCUCACUAUGCCAAGGAAGUGGCAGAAGGAAGAUGUGUUAGAGAAAGGGGUCCAAACUUUCAAUGAGUGGGCGAUUGUCUUGGAAAGAUGGGUGGAGAACCCACCAGAUGACUAUCUUCAGUUCAUCCCCCUUUGGGUCCAGAUAAGCAAAAUCCCAGUCAACUUCUACACUGAGGCUGCUCUCAUGACUCUAGGGGAAAUGCUAGGUGAAGUUAAGGUUCUUGCCUUCGAUCCUACGAAACCUAUCACUCAGCCCUUCAUUAGGGUUCAGAUUCGCUUCAAUGUUGCUAAUCCUCUGAAGAUGGCGAGGGUUCUGGAUAUGGGAGGAGGCAAAACUCAUACGAUACAUUUCGAUUUCGAGAAGCUCCAGAAGAGAUGUUAUACCUGCAAGAGGCUGAAUCAUGAGAAACAAGUCUGCCCUUUGGAGAUCAAAAAACGUCAAUCUGAUGCUACGCGGAGAAGAGAAAGGAUUAUAGCUGAAAAGUUCAAAGAUAACAGUGUUCUGCAACAGAAUGAUCCUCUCUUCGGGGUGCUGGAAGAAGAGCAGGUAGGGCUGAAUCCAAACACAGGAAGGCCAAAAAUUGCUAGUGAAGUUCUGGAGGAAAUGAGAAGAUUCCUACUGGCUGAUACGGGUGAAACUCUGGCUAUUAAGGUUGACAAGGUGAAGAAAUCAGUUAGAGAAGUCGAGAAAGAUCCUCUGUUACAGAGGACCAUUCUGAGACUAGAGCAAGCUCCGGUCUUUACUACAGAGUUAAACAAAGGCAAAGGUCCAGUGUUUGACUACGGAGAGAAGGAGAUGGUUCGACGUAAUUGGGACAUCAAUGCCAAGCCGACCAAACUCUUGGCUGAUUCCAUGAAGGCUAACAGAAAUGUCGUGCUCACAGAUUCUUCACCGAGAUACAAUAUUGGUUCGAAUGAUGAAGCUGAAGGUUACUAUCUGGACACUUCUUCUGUCAGUCUUACGGUUUUUCGAGCUGAGUUCUCUGAACCUAGUUCUUCCGGGACUGUUAGAAAACGUGGGCCGGUAAGGAGAAGACCACCACGAGCUCAAAGACAGAGACAGAUGCUAGCUCUCACUGCUGGGAAUGAGGUUCAAGUGGGUGAGAGAAGAGAAGGGAAACAGGAAGUUGGAGCGAGAAAGAGGAAGAAGAUUAACCAAGGAACCGAGGAAGUUCCAUCCAUCAAGGCGCAAUGCUUAUCGGUGAUCCCACGUGAGGGAUCGCCCCCUACCCAAUGA